AAAACCAACGAAGAAGAAAGGGUAGUGUCCGCUCCACGCCGCAGGGGGCGGGCUAACCGUCUGUGCUGUAAUUCCUCACAGCGAAGAAGACGCAUGAGCAAAAACAAUAACACACAACUAGCUGCUCUCGGAAAAACAACUACGAAAUACCCCGUAUUUAGCUCAAAAUUCACAUUAGAACACAUAUAAGCAGAAGGUGUCCGUGAGUGUUGUAAACAUAACUCUUCAUGGAGGUGAGCUCCGCGCCAUGUUGUGUUCUUCACAGCAAUAGCAUGCCUUCGUGGUUGUGACGUGAUACCUAGCUGUCCCGCUAGCUGCUCACUUCCCGCUCUGUGUUUCUGUUUAAUGUCACUGCUCCCUGCUAACGCGCAGACAUGGAGAGUUUGUACAAGCGCAAAAUGUUCGCUUCCAUGCGGAAAACCAAAGUGGACGCAUCGAAGAAAAAGCAGAUCGGCCUGCCUGCUUCGAUCCUGGACGACAGUGACGAAGGCUCCUUCACAUCCUCCUCCUCCGGAUCCCAGUCCGACUUCCUGAGCUCCCCGGAGGAAGAUAGCGAGCAGGAGGACCGGGGCCGAAGCGGCUCCGGGGCGACUUCCAGCGAUGACAGCCGCUCCGUGACCCGCAGAAAGCGCUCCUUUCUGGGAGGGGACAACAGCUCCUCUUCUUCCAGCCCCGGAGAGGAGGACACAACUAAUGAUGAAGAGGGGGACACGAGCCAGCCGAAGAGGAUGUCGCAGCCCAGGAAGCGGAUCCGGCUGAAGCGACAGGAAGAGUCCGACUCGGACUGUGUGGAGGAGAAGCAGAGAGAGGAGGCGGAGAAGCUGAAGAGGAGGCAGAGACACAACAAGCUGCUGGCGCUGUCCCGGAGGAUGAAGGCCCGGGUCCCGAGCCGGAGGAGGAUCCGUCUCUCGCAGGUAGGCUACCUCCUGGACCCCCUUCACACCCAGGGUCUGACUGCAGUUCUGAGUAAAACCCGGUUCAGAGUGCAGGCGAUGGGGAAGAGUCCAAAGAAGGUGAAGAUGAAGCUGGAGGUGAUGAAGAAGGAGGUGUAAGAGAUAACAGCAACAAUAAACAGGCUGCAGGAGGCAGAGAGGAGGAGAAAACCACAGAAGAAGAGAAAGAAGAAGAAGAAGAAGAAGAAGAAGAGGAGAAGGACAAGGGGAAGGGGAAGAAGUAGAUUCACUCCAUGAGGAAAAACAGAAUAGGGGUUUGAAUGUGAAAAACAAAAUACCUAAACCAUAUGAAAAUUACUCAUUACUGUCGGUUUGUAUAUGUUUUUUUCACUGUCUUAUCUUGUUGCUAUAGAAACAGACAUUGGUGGCAUGUAACAAAAAGAUGUGCAGUUGAUUUAGAGAGCUUCAAUGGGACAUUGUCGCUCCUGGUUCAGUAUCACAUGAUGAUGAUCAGUAUCAUCUGGUCCUCCGUGUUGGUCAUUUGUCAUGUCAAAUCCUUUUAUUUAUAUAUCCCAAAACAAGUUGUUGAUCCCAGAUAGACGUCAGACACCUAUGUUCCAUUCCAUAGUUACCACAAUACACCAGCAGUUGUACAGCUGCUGAUAACGUAAACUCUAUAAGGUGUUGGAGCUAGCCAUAGCUAUGUAUUAUCCCCAUAUGGAUAGGGUAUAGUCUAGUUGCCAGCUCAUCCAGUCCUAUAGUGAACAUUGAGUAAUCCAAAGUUUUAUGUUAGAAAUGUAUUGUAGGGUCCCCAGCACAUAGAAACUGUCGGAUGCUAACCUGCAUAUUUUGGGCAAUUUGCACAAUUAGCAUAAGUUGCGUUAAUUACCAAUAAUUAGCAAUAUAGCCUAUGUGAAUUGGUUUUGGGGGUUAUUGAGGAUGCUGAAUCAAUUUCUGAAGAUCAAAAAUGGCAGUAGUUUUAACCAGAAAAUCCCAGUAUUUGUACUCUCGAUGGGCUGAUUUUGAUUCAUUUUGGGUCUAUUUGGAAGAUCUAGGGGACUCUUUUCAUCUUGUGCUCCCUAUAGCCAUUUUUUAUACUGAAAAGGUCAGAACUGGAUCUGCAUCCUCAAUAUCCCCCAGAACCACUCCAACAUUGAUCAAUUGGGCAAGCAAUUUUUUUCCAUAUAGACUAUAAUGCAAUGAAAUGCUAAUUAUGCAAAAUCAUGAGAACAACAAAAAGGUGACACAUUUUUGUUCACACUCAUUUCUCAAAGAUUGAGCUCUCUCGCCCAAAGGAGUGACACGCUGUUGGUAACAGGCAGCAGAUCAGCAGCACACCAGUAAGCAACACUGUCACAGCAUUAAGGACUGCAGAAGCUCCAGAGGCUCUACGGUCUACAGACGCUGACUCUCAUUUGGACGUGAAUCUCACCUGGCUGAGAUAAACACUGAGGAUACUGAACUUAUAAACUUUCAUUAUUGUUAAAAGUUAAAGGCAAAAACUGGGAGAGAAGUCAACUACGAGUCCCAGGGAAAAUUGCUGUCAGAGACAUUGAAUAAGAAGGCUUGAAGUUGUUGUUGAGUUCCUGACCGCCAUGACACAGCGCUCAUAUGAUUUAAUGGAUUUCACAGGUCUGGAAGAAGAAUGGCAGCUGAGGCUUCUGGAUACUGUAGUAUUCAGAGAUAUUCAAUAUGUCCAGUCAAGAGUACUCGCAUUCGUCUUUGUUGCACCUCCUCCUCUUUCAUUACUUUAUAGUUCAAAUGAAUGCAAACUGUUUUUUUUCCAAAUAUAGAACUUGUGAUGUCAGUUCAGGCUCCUUGCCUAUGUCAGCAGUUGAUGUAGACUACAUGAUUUCAGACACACAAUUAAACUGUACAGUGUAUUGUACAGAAGCCUUUUAAGUGUUACACUUUAAAGGCAAUGUUUGCUUUUGUUGGUAGUUGUGUCCACCUCCUCCAGGAGUUAUCUUCUAUCUUCUGAUAGAAGAUUCUGUAAUGGUUGGAUUUGCUGAUUUCUUUCUCUUCUAUUUUGUUGUAAACUAAAUAUUAUUGGGUUUUAAACUGUUGGUUUGAAGGAGGAAGACAUUAUAAGAAGUCGCAUUGGGAAUGUGUCCUUUACAUUUUUAGUAUUUCCUGAUAUUUAAAAAAAGAAAGACAAUUAAUUGAUAUAAUAAUUUACCAACAAAUUAAUAAUGAGAAUAAUCUUUUGUUGCAGGCCUGGGUGAACACCCAAACUGUCUAAAAACACUGAGUGUUUGGGCUCUGAUAAACCUUGACAGUGAGCACAGAUGUUUGUUUUUGUUUCAGAACCGCAUAUAAUAAAGACAACUUACUGGCUUAUU